AUGUCUACCGAACGUCGCUUGAAAGCCCUCAAAACCAGACUUCGCAGUAUCCAAACAUCAUUUGGGCUAAUCAAGGCGUUUGUAGACGAAUAUAACGACGAGACGCAUUCUGAUGAGGUUCCUGUACGUCUUGAAAACCUUGGAGUUUUGUGGAAUGAUUUCCUGAAGGUUCAAGGAGAAAUCGAAGCCAUGGAUAUUCUAGAGCCGAAAGCGAUUGAGGCUCACCUAGCACAACGAGUGGAAUUCGAGUCCCUGUAUUAUAAAGUGAAAGGAUUUCUUCUAGCUGCCAAUAAACUACCACCUUCACCCAAUAUGCCAAUCGGUUCCAGUUUCACGUCGCACUUCCCACCUUCUUCACAUCACAUACGACUCCCUGAUAUCAAAAUUCCAACGUUCAGUGGCAACAUAGACACGUGGCUCAACUUUCACGAUCUCUUCGUAUCGCUUGUGCACUCAUCGCAUGAACUUUCUAGCAUUCAAAAGUUCUAUUAUCUACGUGCUUCUCUCUCCGGCGAUGCCCAAAAGUUGAUUCAAACCAUUCCGAUCAGUUCCAACAACUACUUGGUUGCUUGGAAUUUACUCUUGGAUCACUUCCAAAAUCCAAGUCGUUUGAAGCAGUCGUAUGUCGAUUCUCUGUUUGAGUUCUCAGCAUUAAAAUCGGAAUCAGCUUCGGAUUUACAUUCUCUUGUGGAACGAUUUGAGGCCAACGUCAAAAUUCUACAUCAGCUAGGCGAACGGACUGAAUACUGGGACAUACUGCUUAUUCGAAUGCUUAGUAUUCGUUUAGACAGCACGACAAGACGGGACUGGGAAGUUUAUGCUACGACUAAAGACAGCGUUUCAUUCCAAGACCUCGUAGCAUUCAUUCAACGCAGAGUAACCGUUCUAGAAAGCAUUAAGGCAAAGGUUCCAGAAACUACUUUCUCGGGAAAUUUAAGAAAAUCCACACAGCGGUCUGUUAGUAGUCAUAGUGCUUAUCAGUUGAAUGAUAAACAUUGCGCAAUCUGUUCCGAGAAUCAUGUUCUGUACCAUUGCCCCAGAUUUGCAAAAAUGAGUUUGGACACGAAGGAGAAAGAAAUUCGUCGACUGCACUUGUGUCGUAAUUGCUUGCGUAAGGGUCAUUUAGCAAACAACUGUUCAUCUACAAAUUGUAGAAAAUGUAGAGGGCGUCAUCAUACUCUGCUUUGUUCAGGAGACUAUCACAACAACAAAUCUACUGAAUCCACGAAAGCCGAAAAUUCUCUACCAUCUCAACAACCUACGACGUCGGUGUCAGCCAUUCUUGAUAAUCCAGUGAGCCUUGCUUCCACUGGUUGUAAAAAAGUUUUACUUGCCACAGCUAUUGUCAAUCUCAUCGAUGACAAUGGAACAAUCCACACAGCCAGAGCUUUGCUUGACUCUGGCAGUGAGUGCUGCUUCAUCACAGAAUCGUUAUCGCAACGAAUGAAGUCCAGCCGCGUAAAAAUCAACCUCCCUAUCAGCGGAAUUGGCCAAUCACUUUCCCACGCACGACACAAGAUACAAACCACGCUACAGUCUCGUGUCAGCAACUUUUCGACUACCCUAGAAUUUAUUGUCCUUCCCAAGGUCACUACUAAUUUGCCAACAUCAUGCUUUGACGUCAGCGAUUGGAAGAUACCUUCCGACAUCAACCUAGCAGACCCCGCCUUCUUUGCAACCAAUCCUGUCGAACUCAUACUAGGAGCCGAAAUCUUCUUCGAGCUACUCAAACCUCCAGGACGAAUUUCUCUCGGCGAUAGUUACCCCCUGCUGAUCAACUCUACAUUAGGCUGGAUCGUAUCUGGAAGGACAAGCAACUGCCAUUCUACAGGUCCUGUAAUGGCAUCCGUAGCUUCGGUCGCUGAGCUUCAUCGGUUGAUGGAACGAUUUUGGUUAAUCGAAGAAGGUGACUCAACUCCGUGCCACUCAGUGGAAGAGGCUGCUUGCGAGAACCACUUCCAGAGCACGGUUUCUCGAACGGAUGAUGGCAGAUACAUGGUGCGGUUACCAGCGAAGCAGGACCUUCUCCCCAACCUAGGCAACAAUUGGAAUACGGCAAAUCGGCGUUUCAAGUAUUUGGAAAGUAAACUAUCACGGAAUAAUGAUCAGCGAAUCCAGUAUGUCGAGUUUAUGCACGAAUAUUUGUUCUUGGGUCACAUGUGUGAAGUAAAUAGAGCUCACCAAUUAGACGCUCUCGAGUACUUCAUGCCUCAUCACGCAGUAAUACGCGAAUCGAGCACUACUACUAAAAUUCGCGUAGUCUUUGAUGCAUCCUGCAGGUCCGCAUCCGGUGCAUCACUGAACGACAUCCUCAUGGUUGGCCCUGUAGUACAGGAGGACAUCCGAUCUAUCAUCAUGCGAGCUCGAAAACAUCAAAUCAUGCUUAUUGGCGACAUAAAGCAAAUGUACCGACAAAUAUUAGUAGAUCCACGUGACACCCCGAUGCAGCGCAUUGUCUGGAGAAGCAAUCCAACAUCGCCACUGGCAACCUUCGAGCUCAAAACCGUCACUUACGGUACAGCGAGCGCCCCGUUUCUAGCAACUCGUGUGUUGCAGCAACUUGCCGACGACGAGCAAAAAGACUUUCCCGAAGCAGCGACCAUCCUGAAACGAGACUUCUACGUAGACGAUUUAUUCUCCGGAGCUGAAACUGUUGAAAAGGUCAUAUCGUUACGCGAGCAACUUGAUGCAUUAUGUCAGCGAGGAGGAUUUGAACUCCGUAAGUAUGCAUCCAAUUCCGAAGCAGCCUUAGAGGGACUUUCAGAUGACAAACGAGCUCUACAACCAACUAUCGAAUUUGAUGGGAAUCCAAUCAUCAAAACUCUGGGUCUACAUUGGGAACCUGCUUCCGAUGUUCUCAAAUACGUCAUCGAACUCGAACCAUUAUCAUCCGACAUGUGCCUUACUAAACGACACGCUUUGUCAUUGAUUGCGCGACUUUUUGACCCCCUUGGCUUAGUCGCACCGGUCGUGGUGACUGCUAAGAUCUACAUGCAAGUUUUAUGGACAUUGCGAGAUGAAGAUUCCAAAACCUGGCCUUGGGAUCGUCCUCUUCCGAAAGAUCUAAUCAUUCGUUGGAAUUCGUACUAUUCACAACUUCAUCAUCUUAAUAUGCUCAAGAUUGAACGUUGCAUUUUGGUCGCUAAUCCAACAUCCAUUCAGCUUCAUCUCUUCUCUGAUGCGUCAGAGUCAGCUUACGGCGCCUGUGCCUACCUAAGAUCAGUCGACCCAUCCGGUUUUGUAAAAAUUGCAUUGAUUACGACCAAAUCGAAAGUAGCCCCCCUCCAAAAGAAAAGUAUCGCUCGCCUUGAACUUUGCGGCGCCUUAGCCGCCGCCCAACUUUAUCAAAAAGUCAUUUCCUCGCUGAAAUCCAACCCAGAAACCUUUUUUUGGGUUGACUCGACAACCGUCUUGGCAUGGUUAAAUUCCACACCUUCUACGUGGAGCACGUUCGUCGCCAAUCGCGUGUCGAAAAUUCAAUUGGCUACCAUCAACACUCACUGGAAUCACGUGUCUGGAAAGGAAAAUCCAGCUGACCAUCUUUCCCGUGGAACCACCGCCGAGUUUCUUCUGACUUGCUCAUCCUGGUGGAAUGGUCCUGAUUGGCUGAGGCUUGAACCUGAGUUUUGGCCUAGCAACAAUCAUCAAAAACGUCUUACUGAAGUGGCAGAAGAGAAACGAAAAACUCUGUCACUGAUUGCCGCAGCCCAACAUGAAGAGACUUUCCUAGAUUCUUACGUGCAAAGAUUUUCCGACUAUAGAAAAAUGCUUCGAGUGACUGCCUAUUGCAUGAGAUUCAUCGAUAGGUUUUCAUUAAAAACUAGUUUCAAUCACCCAACAACCAAUCUCACAGUCGAGGAAAUCCGAAGAGCAGAAAGAAACCUCAUAAGAAUUCUACAAGAACAACAUUUUGAAGAAGAACUUAGGUGCCUACACGACGGAAAACAAGUGUCAUCAAAAUCAAAGCUUCGUUGGUUUCAUCCAAUUUUGGGAAUCGAUCAUCUACUUCGCAUCGGGGGACGUUUGAACAAAGCUCCACGAACCUACGACAGCAAGCAUCAAAUCAUUUUACCAUCCACCCACGCAUUCUCGACUCUGCUCAUUCGUUCUUUCCACCUCAACCAUCUGCACGCCGCUCCUCAACUUUUACUAAGUCUCCUACGCAUGAGAUAUUGGGUUUUGGGAGCUAGAAAUCGUGCUCGAUUGAUCGUUCGCCAGUGCAUCAUCUGCUUUAAAGCUCGCCCUAGAUUAGUCGAGCAGUUUAUGGGUGAACUACCUGCUGCGAGAAUAACAGCAACACGACCAUUCGCCGUUGCUGGCAUUGAUUAUUGGGGGCCCAUCUUUCUCAAACCAGUCCACAGGCGCGCUGCGUCUGAGAAAGCAUUCGUCGCUGUUUUCGUUUGCUUCUCAACGAAAGCAGUACACAUUGAACUUGUUGCCGAUCUCAGUACUGCCAAAUUCAUUCAAGCGCUUCGGAGAUUUGUAUCGCGACGGGGAUUAUGCUCCGACAUGCACAGCGACAACGGUCGUAAUUUUCUGGGAGCCGACAACGAAUUACGCCGAUUGGUCAACAGUUCUUCCCACCAACAAGCCGUCAAUCAAGAAUGCCUCGCCCACGGAAUAAGGUGGCACUUCAACCCACCAAAGGCUUCUCACUUCGGGGGAUUGUGGGAGGCUGCUAUCUUUUCAGCCCAAAAGCAUUUUAUACGAGUGAUUGGGAAUCAUACAUUAGCCUACGACGACAUGGUUACGCUUUUAUGUCAGAUCGAAUGCUGCUUAAAUUCUCGCCCCAUCACCCCCCUGAGUGAUGAAUCUUCGGAUCUAGAACCACUCACUCCCGGACAUUUUUUGAUCGGUUCGCAACUAAAAGCAGUUCCAGAUAACGACCUAUCAGAUAUCCAAAUGAAUCGUCUUCGCAAAUGGCAACAAACCCAGAAAAUCUUCCAGGACAUUUGGAAGAGAUGGCAUCGCGAGUAUCUGUGCACUUUGCAGGCAAGAACCAAAUGGUGCAACACUCCCGUCGAAAUCAAACCUGGUCAACUGGUACUCCUCAAAGACGAAGGAAAAAUUCCUAUGCACUGGCCAACAGCGAGAAUUACUGAGAUCCACCCCGGAGACGAUGGAAUUACACGGGUUGUUUCUGUUCGAAGCUCAUCCAAGGUCUACACUCGUCCAGUGACGAAAAUUUGUGUACUGCCGUUCUCAUCACAACCAACUCCUACUGAAGCGCCUGAGAAAUCCAACAAGUCCGGUGAAGGCCAAUCCGAUAUCCAGGGUACAACGGUUCCAGUUUGCAGCAAAAUUUAA